GCAGUCGUCUGCUCUCGUUGUUGUUAGGUAGGUUGUCAGGGGCAGCGCACCAACCAGUUAGCUAACACAGGAUUAAGGGAAUUCGGUGAAUGAUGACAUAUUUAUUUCUCCCGAGUAAACGACUGCCGACACGUCUACUUUUUCCGCUCGGGGCUGCCCUGCUCAUUUGGGUACAAGCGGCAGACGCGACAGCAUCAAUCAUCGAAACCGACAAGAGGUUUUCUGUCGGGUUUGCCCCGUAGCUGGCUAACAGUAAAGCUAAGUUGCUAACGCCCCGCAUCCAAGAUAAAACGAUAUCAAGUAAUAAACAUUGGCGGCAACAUUGCCUUGUAAAUAGACAUAUAUACACCCCCGUAUUCUUCGUGGUUGAUUCGGUGCGAGAAUGGAAGACGAACAGGAAAGUAUAAUAGAGCAGGAAGAAUAUGAAGACGGCGACAAACCAUUAUCAACACGUUACAGACCUCCCUUUCGCACCGCUCGGAUGCAAAUCCAGAGAAGUAAUGUCUGUUCUCGGGCUUAUUUCGUUGUGGUCAUGGUCUUCUUCCAUGUGUACAUCCUGAAUGUUAUCGGUCUGCUGCUUUACGUGCACUACAACAACGGCCCAGGUGAACUUGUCAGUGCAGACGGUGACACCUCAGCAGCGUCGGUCAGCCAGGGUGGGACACCCUUGCCCAGUCCUACCCCUGUCUCUGAAGAGCUUCAUGUGGAAGACCACAGUCAGAGUUUCAGUCUACCUCGAAUUGAGGGGAUACGGGUGGGUCACGUUCAGCAGGUGUCCCUUGUGCCAGACAGGAUGCACGAGAUGAAGACGAUCAGCCUGAAACCUCUGCUAUUUGAGAUCCCUGGCUUCCUGUCGGAGGAGGAGUGCCGUGUGGUGGUUCAGCUGGCUCAGCUCAAGGGUCUGAUGGAGAGCCAGACGACCACAACCAGCCAGGGACAAGAGGAGUCGAACCAGCCACUCCUUUCUCUAAGCACAGAAGAGGUCUUCAGCCUGUUGGACCUAAACCAGGACAGGCUGCUGCAAAAGCAGGAGAUUGAGAGUCACUCACGCUCUCGUGAUGGAACUUGGUUGAACCCAGACAACUUACGGCAGAUACUCACUGGUCUUGAAGCCUGCCCAACAGGGAUGCUAACCUUGGAGGACUUCAGGCGUGUUUACGACAUCUCCCAACACCCAGGACGACAGCGAAGAGGGAAGCUGCGCAGUCGAUUCAAACAGAGGAGCAAACAUACGUGGCUUUACCAAGGCCAAGGGUCCCACCACGUGCUUCACACACUCAGGAACAGAGUAACCAGUCUGACACGUCUGCCCUCUACUUUGGUUGAGCUGAGCGAGCCGCUGCAGGUGAUCCGCUAUGAGCACGGAGACUUCAGUAAUGCCCACCAUGACAGCAGCCCUUCUCAUUCAGAGACUACCUGUGCACACACACGACUGGCUGGAAACACGUCGGCUCUCACAGAGGUCUCCUGCAGGUACCUUACAAUGUUAUUCUACCUCAGCUCUGUAGAGGAGGGUGGUGAGACCACGUUUCCUGUGGCUGAUAACCGUACAUAUGAUGAGCAGGCACUGGUCCAGGAAGGCGUUGAUUUGAUAGACACCCAGGAGACAUGUGGCAGAGGGAACCUGAGAAUAAAACCUACUGCUGGGACCGCCCUCCUCUGGUACAACCAUCUCUCUGAUGGUAGAGGUUGGAUGGGAGAGCUGGAUGAAUAUUCCCUCCAUGGCGACUGCCCCAUCAGACAUGGAGUGAAGUGGGUGGCAAAUAACUGGGUGAAUGUGGACCCAGACAGCCAGCGGCAGGCCCGUUACCAGAGACUAGUUGCACAGAGGAAACAAGCUAAGCCGGGCAUGGAGGAGCAUUACCAACCGCUCUCACACAGCAACCUCCACCAGGAUCUAUAGCCUGGCCUACUUAAUACCAAGACCAGGUGACCACCACUUAAAAACCAUGUCACUCUUUCCUUCAUGACGUAGAUGGAUCUGACACACCACCUCCCCGUGUCUGAUAACUGUUGUUGAAUUCAAAAC